AUGAUACAACAUCUCAACGAGAUAUCUGCUCGUUUCUGGUGGCAACUAAAGGUACGAGCACAAGCAGCAGCUGGGGGAAAGACAGAAGAGAACAAGCGAGGAGGUGUGCAGGGCCCCAUCGGGCACAACCACCCACCAAACAACCCAGCCGCAAGUACCUAGCCCACCCAGGCAGAGAGCAAGUAAGGCCUCACACCACAGACGCCCCAUACAGAGGCAGAAACACAGACCUCCCAGAAGACAGACGUCCACCCAGAACCGCAGACGCCCCUCAGGGAAGGACUUACAUCCACUCCUGAGACCACAGACCCGGGGAACAGCGAUGCUAUCCUUCAGGGAGGCAACGGAAGAGAGACAAGCCGGGCGCAACCCACACCUUGAACUGCCACGGAAAAGCAUCCAGGCGAACCCAAGAGCUUCCAGGGACGGCAUGGCUCUGCCGAGCCGAGGCAUUGGCUGACAGUGCCACAUGUCCCCGAGCAAGGUACCCAUGUCCCCCUAAGGACUCGCUGCUAUAUUCCAGCCUGCCAGUACCAAGACAGACAAUAUUGUCACAUAGUUAAUUUUAUCUUUGGUCGAUUCUCGGCUGCCUGCAUUUAUUUACUUGUAUUCAUUUGUUUACUUUACUUAUGUUUAAUUACACUUUAAUGACACCAGAGGCGCUCCAGGGGUUAAACCCACUACUAGCCUGUUAAUACACACCUAGGCAGGUACUUAGACCCAGCAAAUAUGCCAAGCAAGUUUAGUUAACAGAGGCCCAGCAGGGUCUCCCCUUCUGGAAACAUUUCUUGUUAAAAUCUCACAUACCCUACGAACUUAAAGCGUUAAGGUUAAACCCGCUACACCACUCACAGGCAUAGUCCCCUUGACCUUACAGGGUAUGUGCAACCAGUACCUAGGGCUCUACUCGAGCAUGUUACCCUAUAUGGCCAGCACGAGUACUGAGCACUGAAUAACCAACACUGAACCUACCAAGCUCCAUGUCACUAGCCAGUUUAAAAUAUAAAAUUGUUCUUGCAACACAUUUCUUCGUCAAGCAUUAUAAUCCCCCAAAUUGUGCAAGUUUUAACUGAAUGCCAUCUCAUAUGUAAACUAUAUAUUAAGACGUUUGUGUCAACUGCUGUUGUGGCAUGACAUAACUGUUUGUACACACAGCAAAAAAAAAAAAAAAAGAAAAUACAGUUUUAAAACACCUUAAAUAGACUUUUUCCAGUGUCAGUCUCCAUUGCACGGUGGCAGGUAAUACCACUACAGUAAACAACUCAUUGUGACCAGUUGCAUUGAGAUGAUGUGUCUGUAGCAAUCAUGGGGAACACACUAAAACAGCUUGGGGUUUCAACUUGGGAGGUAAAGGAAAACUGACAAAAAUAUAAAUAUCUUAAUAUGCUCUUUAUGCCAUAUUCUCGCACCUCAUCAAUUGUUUAAAAGUAUCUUUGUUAUUGUAUAUUCCUUUAAACCUGAUAAAACUUGACAAAAUGCAGAGCUACCGCCAUGAAGCUUUGUCAUUUUCCCCCAGCUAUCACAAGCAACAACUGUGGGGAGAAAAAAAAAGCAUUGUCCAUGAAGGCUCCUCCUGUCUGCCGGAUCAUCUAUAGAUGGUGUUGUACUCUCGUGCAUGUACGAAAGUAAAGCCCUGACAUGGGCUACUGGCUCAUAAAACCCCAGGAGCUGAAGUGGAUCCACCGGAUAAAGAUGGUGGUGGCCGCAAGGGACAGCUUCAGGUGAAUAAAACAUAGCUUCCCGUAGGCCACUGCACUACAAGCAGCGAUGUCACCAUUGGGGAGUCUUUGCAAAAUAUGAAAAGAUCCCAGAUGGUGACGGAGCCACUUUAAAUCUCUGUAUUGAAAAUAUUGAAUUAAUUAGUUUAUUAUUAAAUCAUUUUUAAUGUAAUUUUUCCUUUAAGAAUCAUUACUUACCGCUGACUGACAGUGUAGGACUUAGAGUGACGGACAAGAUGGAGGUACUUAGUUCCAGGAUAGGUAGGGGAUAACUAGUCAUGAUAUUAAAAUUAAUUCAUUCCUUUCCUCUUUAAAGACACAUGUAUCAUAGUUACAUGGAGUGUGACAAAUAAAAUUCCUCCUUACAAAAGAUCUUAGAUCAUGCAUUGUAAUCAUGAACUCACGAGAAUCCGAUUAAUCUAGCUCUUUAUUCUAACAUGGUUUCAGAGAGUUUUAAGAGUUGUGUGUACAUUUACUCCCCUAACAUACCUUUUGACUUUUAGAAUGUUACUUAAUCCUUUGUUGCAUCUGAAAUAGUGCCAAUACAGGGGGCCAAUAAAACCAAACCAUAGCUCCUGCUACCGCAUGCCAUGCGUUACAUGUGCAAAACGUGUUAGGAACAGCUAUAGUCUAGUUUUAUUGACCCCGUUUUGGCACUUUCACAUGCAAUGAAGGAUGUUUUGUAUAGCAAUGUUCUUGCCCAUUAUAAAUGGAAGGAGAAUUCCUGAAUCUGAACUUCAUAUUAAUGUGUAUUGGUGACCUUGGUGGCUAUAUUUCGAGAACUGCUAAAAAGAGGGGAAAUUGAGAGGACUCAACAUGAUACUCCAAUCAACAACAGUUGUUGAAAUUAAGAGAGGAGUACAUUGUCAGGUCGUUUACUGUAAAAAGUUUAAAUUUGAGAGUUUAAACUAUCACAGUAUUUGAAAGUUUCUGCACCUACAUUUUCCUGUUCUCUUUUUUUAUUUUUAAAAUAGCAGAUAUUAUAUUGCUUUAUCUGAAACUUUUUCUUUAAUUAGUAAUUAUUUGCAUCUGGACUCACUCUGUCUAGAAAUACCUUCUUAUAGCCUAAUGGUAAGACUUUUUAUAGUAACGUCACUGGAUUUGUCACUCUUUCUAGGUCAAGAAGUAUUUUUCCUGGCAUAUGGGUCCUCCUUAUAUUUUAUGUUCUCGCAGUAAAACGGUAACGAUACUCGUGGUUCUGCCACCCAAGCGCCAUGUUAGAGACUCCCUGGCCUCCUGACCACCAUCUGCACUUUCUAGCAUCACUCCAGCCGCUGCAUUCCCACGUCCAUUUAUGGCAUGCACUAUGAUUGAGAGUCUGACAUCAGCAAUGAGACAGGCGCACUUUCCGGCUUCACACUUAUGAUGUUGGCCAAUUACAGAACCCCUGUGCCUAUAAAAACCCCUCCUCUUGACCAUUCCUUUCCCUAUCAUGGUUUCCAUUAUGGAUAUCCGAGUGCAUGUUUAUAUCUUGUUUGAGUUCUGUUUGUUUGAUACUUGCUUGUCUUGACUGCUCUGAUUUCUAUAUCCCUGCCUUGGCCUGUUUAUUGAUUCCAUGUACCUCCUAUUUAGAGGUGUCGCGAACCGUCCGCGAACUUCUCGCGAACGGUUCGUGGCGAACUCCGGUCAGCUGACACGUCCCGGCCAAUCUCCAGCAGACCCUCCCUCCCAGACCCUCCUACUUCCUGGACAGCAUCCAUGUUGAAACAUGGACGGUUCGCGACAUCUCUACUCCUAUUAUCCUUGAUAUUUGGCUGUAUAUAAAAGGCUUGAUAAAGGCUCCUAGAGGAGCCGGAAUGUUGUCUCUACUUCCUUGUUUAAAUAAAAAAAAGUCUGCCUUUUAGAAGAAACCACAGGUGUUACUGGAUAUUUCUUUAUUUUUUGCCAUUGGCUGUAUAUAGACCAAGUUAUAUCUCUGUACUUAGCACCUAAAGCCCGACCACUCCAAGGUCCAGUAAUAAGCACCUAUCCAUUUCCCUUUUCUUGUUGGGUAACGACCUAUCCUGACAUAUCGACAAGGCAAUGGACCCUGCAGAGUUUGGUAAACAGGUAUCAUCCUGUUUGGCUAACGAGGCCAAACAGAAUUAUGAUAUUGGCAACAUAGGCGUGCGCACAGGGUGUGCCGGGUGUGCCUGGGCACACCCUAAUCCCCGUGGCACGCCUAUGGUUUGAGUCCUGCAGGAACAGCUUUCCUGCAGGCACUCAGUGCCCCCUGUUUCACCUCUUGCUCCUGUCAUGGGAGGGCAAGAGGUGAUGAUUCCACCCACCCUUCAGUUCAGCCGUGGCGAGGGAGCUCUCUGCUGUCUGCUCCCUCUCGCCGCGCGCUGAUGCCGGGAGCCGGAAUAUGACGUCAUAUUCCGGCUCCCUAUUGCAGCAGACAGCCCGCGCGGCGAGAGGGAGCAGACAGCAGAGAGCUCCCUCGCCGCGGCUGAACUGCGGAAAGGCGCCCGCCCCCACUGGACCCCAGGGAAAAGUCCACCAGCACUCCAGGUAGGAGGCUGGGUGGACAUUUUUUUUUUUUAAAUUAAAAUAUAAUAAUUUGUGUGUGUGUGUGUCAGUGUGUCUGUGAGUGUGUGAGUAUGUGUCAGUGUGAGUGUGUGAGUGUGUGUCUGUGAGUGUGUGAGUGUGUGUCUGUGAGUGUGUGAGUAUGUCAGUGUGAGUGUGUGUCUGUGAGUGUGUGAGUAUGUGUCAGUGUGAGUGUGUGUCUGUGAGUGUGUGAGUAUGUGUCAGUGUGUGUUUCUGUGAGUGUGUGAGUAUGUGUCAGUGUGUGUUUCUGUGAGUGUGUGAGUAUGUGUCAGUGUGAGUGUGUGUCUGUGAGUAUGUGUCAGUGUGUGUUUCUGUGAGUGUGUGAGUAUGUGUCAGUGUGAGUGUGUGUCUGUGAGUGUGUGAGUAUGUGUCAGUGUGUCUGAGUGUGUGAGUAUGUGUCAGUGUGUGUGUGUCUGUGAGUGUGUGAGUAUGUGUCAGUGUGAGUGUGUGUGUGUCUGUGAGUGUGUGUGUCAGUGUGUGAGUGUGUGUCUGUGAGUGUGUGUGUGUCUGUGAGUGUGUGUGUGUCUGUCUGUGAGUGUGAGUGUGUGUGUGUGUCUGUGAGAGUGUGUGUGUGUAUAUAUAUAUAUAUAUAUACACACACACACACGCGCGGCGUGUGUUUGUGCUUUAGGGUGCACACCCUAAUGCAAUAGGCUGCGCACGCCUAUGCUUGGCAAUAGAGAGUUACAGUGUGUGAAAUUCUUGUUGGAAGGUUCUAAGGAUUCAAUCUUGAUUAUAAUAGAUCAUAAUAACCUGUCUUAUAUUAGUGGGGCUAAACAACUACAUUCCAGGAAAGAUAGGCAGUCCCUAUUUCUGUCUUAAUUUCAUUGUCAUAACAUACCGGCCUGGAUCACGCAAUACCAAGAUCGAUUUUCUUUCAGGACUGUUUGGCACCGAGGCAGGUGAUAUUGUUGAAAUAUCUUCCAUUGUCCCUCAUGAAAGAAUAAUUGCUACAACUGACUUGUCAUUGUUCUCCUCUUUACUUGAUAGGAUGCAGGCACCCUUUGAUAACCCAUUACACAAAUUAUAUGUUGGUCCUGAGGAAAGUCUUGUAAUUUUAUCACUCUCAAAAAUCAGCAGGACAGUCAGGAAUAAGAAAGACCUUAACAUUUUAAACAAACAAUUCUGGUGCCCGUCUAUACAGAAAAAGACAUAAAACAAUAUGUUGGUUCUUGUACAACUUCUGCAGUAAACAAAGUACCCCUGAAAACACCUUGUGGUCCAUUACUGCCAUUACUCAUUCUAAAUCGACAAUGGACCCAUUUGUCAAUGGAGUGUAGUUGUUAAAGGACCACUCUAAGCACCCAGACCAGUUCAGCUUAAUGAAGUGGUCUGGGUGCCAGGUCCUUCUAGGGUUAACCCAUUUUUUUUUAUAAACAUAGCAGUUUCAGAGAAACUGCUAUGUUUAUCAAUGGGUUAAGCCUUCCUACAAAUCCUCUAGUGGCUGUCUCAGAACAACUAAAGCUUUUUUAAUUUGUUCUGGUGAGUAGAAUCAUUACCUUCAGGCUUUUUGCUGUAAACACUGUCUUUUCAGAGAAAAUGCAGUGUUUACAUUACAGCCUAGUGAUAACUUCACUGGCCACUCCUCAGAUGGCUGUUAGAGAUCCUUCCUGGGUCAUGGCUGCCUAAAAUGUAUCCAAACAUUCAGUGUCUCCUCCCUCUGCAUGCAGACACUGAACUUUCCUCAUAGAGAUUCAUUGAUUCAAUUCAUCUCUAUGAGGAGAUGCAGAUUGGCCAGGGCUGUGUUUGAAUCAUGCUGGCUCUGACCCUGAUCUGCCUCCUUGUAAGUCUCAGCCAAUCCUAUGGGGAAGCACUGUGAUUGUACUUGGUCACCACUUCUGAUGAUGUCAACAGACAGCUUGUUUUUCUGAGGCAAACAGCAUGCAGAGCUACAGCUUCAGGCUUGAAUACAAGUAAGAAUUUGCUAUAUUUAUGGAGGCAAGAGGGGCCCAGCGGGGCUAGAUGGUGGUUUUAACUCUACAGGAUCAGGAAUAAAUGUUUGUGUUCCUGACCCUAUAGUGUUCCUUUAAUAAGGUUAUAUAUUAUUAAAGCUGUAUUCCCAACACUCUAGUGUCCCUCAAAACCCCCAUAAGCAAUGAAAUGGUUAUAAACCAGUUUAAACCACGUACGUACUUCUAGCACCAAAGGCUCCGUCUCCUUGGAAGUCAUUGUAAGGGGAAACGUAAAGCGCACACGUGGCGAGUGUUGUGUUCGUAAGGAGGUGUGCCAUGCCACCAUUUAAAUUAAAUGAGCUAGCAUUCUACGUACAAAUUGUGACAGACUGCACAUUUUUGUGUUUGGAGUGUGGCGCUCUAAUUAGGGAUUUCACACAAGUUCCGUGAGUAUUGGAAGGUGGACUUUUCGGAAGGUAGAUCUGUACACUUCAUAGGAUUGUAAAUUUAGGUAAUUUCCUUUAGUUUAAAGGUUUGAAUUUACCACAAUUUGUCUUAAAACUCCCAGGUUUGGGAAUAAAUGUUCUGCUUAUUUUGUCAGUAUCUUGCUUUCACUUUGCUAUUAAACAAGACAUUAAACAAGUAAUACAACAAGCAAUAAACAUUAAAAUUCCUUACACUACACUUUUUGUAGGUCAUUGUAAUAAUUCUCACACACAAGAACAUGCCUCCUCUAUUAAUCCUAAGAAUGCAUUUCUCUCAGCCCCACCAGCAUGAUGGCACAGUCAGUACCCUGCCUAUUUUGGUAAAAUAACAGCUGUUUCCUCGCCAUGCCGUGCUUUCCCAUAGGCAGGGAUCAGACUGCUAGAAAAGCAUUGCAGCCAUUGCUCUAGGCGGGGCAGCAGGGGGAGGCGCCUGGUUUAGGAAGUGGCAUAGAGUAGAAUGUCUGGGUAGCAGCUCCUGCUAUGACCUGGGCUGGCACUGCACAGGCUGGGGGAGUGAACAAGCUGGAUUCCUAUGAGGGAGAAGAAGCAGCUGCAGAGAGCAUGCAGUAGGUUCUGCUGAGACCCCCUGCCUUUGAAGGGUUAACCCAGGAACUCAGAUUUUGUGUCCAGAGCUGCUUUAUGGUGAGCUAUGUGGGGCCUGAUCACAGAAUUCCAAAUAGAAUGUCUGUCAAGCUUUGCAUUCACUUCUGACUGAGGGCACCAGCUCCUGCAAUGCUUUCUGUUUACCAUACACUGGCACUAAGGCUGCUGGGGAGAGCAACUUCUACCAGGCUCUACCAGAGUCCACAGAAACAGUAAUGACUGAAGGCAACCCCCUUAAAGAAUGUUCUUGGGAAUUGGGGAAAUUAGUGUAUAUGUAUGUGUAUUUAUAGUGCUAUUUACUUGUGUGUGUUCUAUUCCAUUUUGUAGUUGUAGAGUUAAAGAAAUGUUUUUUGUUUUUUUUUAAUAUGUGGAAAUCAGAAAAGAAUCCAGGCUACAUAACUGUCUGUCUGUAUAUUGCUGUUGCUAAUACUGUUUGGAUGUGGGAGAGCCCAUAAUGACAAAUUUUCCUCCAUACUUCAGUGAAUAGGUGGUUCGACUUUUUCUUUUUUUUUUGCAGGCGUUUUAAUUAGAAAGGAGCGUAAGCAUUAUUGCAUUUUAUUUGCUUAGGUCUGUAAUAAUGAAACACACCUCUGAAGGUUAACUCAUUGUUUGUGAAAAGGGCACUGUCUCUCUUUUGUGUCAUGAGCAUUGAGUCAUUGUUAUAUAAACUAUAUAUGUUUUUAGACAAUAUUUAAUUUUGGGAAAACAUUAUUAAAGGAAAAAACGGUGCAGUGUAUUCAUAAAACAACAUAUUGGGGUAAAUCGAAACCUGAAUUGCAAAUUUAGGCAAAAAGUAGCCAAGCUAUUUUUUAACCUUUUUAACAUUGUUUGUUCUUUAUCUCCUGCAGAUAGCGGGUCUGAAAAUAGUCAUCUACUCUUCUAUUGCUAUUUUAGCCUACAUUUUGCCAUUCGGAUUUGAUUGUGAUCCUGUCUGUGUGGUUUUUUUUCUUCCUACAAGCUGUAGGUAAAUAUUUAAUUAUGUUCAGGCCGGUAGUGUUGCUCUCUGAAAAGUCCCUGUUUAGUUACCUUUGGAAUUGAUAAUAGACUUCUCACUAUUAUAGUGAUUGUUCAAACCUAUGCCACUACAUCACUAAAUUAUGCGUAUUUAGGAUUUUACAGAUAUCCCAUAAAUGUGGGUUUCAGAUAGAACUACUGCACAGCAGAGAAAGUUAGAAUCGUUGAGUGUAUUUAUGUUACAUUUCUGAAAAUGCGCCCUUGUCCAUGACACUUAAUGGAACACUAUAGUAUUCGGAAAAUAUAAAUGUGUUUCCCUAGUGCCAUAGUUUACAUACCUCUUUCUAUCUUGCAGCGCCAUUCUCUGUGCUGCCUCGACUGAGAUCAUGGAGAGUGAUGAUCGCAUCCAAUCCAAUGCUUUCCUAUAGGUUAAUGUGCAUGCGCAGCAAAAAGCCACACUCUCUAAGACCAUAUGAUAGAGAUACAAGAGUUUUACUGCUAUUUCCUCGGAAGCGCUUCUAGUGGCUGUUUGAAUGAAAACAUUGUCGUUCUGCAAAAUGGCAGUGUUUUCAUUUUCAUGGUUAAAAUAUGGGGACAUGACUCUUAGAGCACUUGAUUGAGAUGAAGUGGUCUAGGUACCUACAGUGUCCCUAUACAAAAUGUUAGUGAUUGUUUAAUAUUAACAGUAACUUGUAAGGAUUCCCAGUCAGUGUUGUCAACAGUUACAGAGAUCUCUUCAGAAAUUCAUAUUACGCUUUUCAAAUCUCAGGCUCUAAAUUUACUUCUGGCAUCACAUGAUCUCUGCCAUCUUGUUUUUUUUUUUAUCAGUUAAUAUAAAAGAACAUUUAAAAAAAAAUUAUAAUACAAUUCCAAGAUGGUUGCCUUCAGACUGAAACACUGUUUGAUCCGAGUGAUAAUUCCAAAUAAACUUACUACAGUUUUGUUAGAUGGAAAUAAUAUUAACCUAUUUGUAUUGGUUGUAACACUGAUUUAUGGAAAAACAUUUUCAAGUAACAGUGCCAUUUUAAGGCAAAUGGAGGGAAAUUUAGGGUUAGUUUCGGGACAUUUAGGGUUUUGUUCUAGAUUGACACAGUACUGUCAUUAACAGGAAAUCAAGCCAGUAGUAAAGCCAGUGUUUUAAAACAGAAAAACAAAUAAUAUAUGUUUGUUUAUUAUAAGAAUCCCUCCAACAACAUGUAUUUGACAUGGUAUAAUUUUUUUGUGAAAAUGAGAUUCCACCUGCUCACCGUGCAAGCCAAUUAAGUAGACAUGUGUAAAUAACAUUUUAUUGUCACCAGAAUAGAGAAUUUCCUAUCAAAAUUAUAAGCACAAAAUAAAUAUUUAGUGAUUCCGGAAUUAGCAUUAAUAAAAAAACUUGGAUAGAUCCUCAUCUGAUGUAAGACCAUGUUGACCAUUAUUUGCAUUGUUUGCCUUCAAGUUAAGCAGUAUUUCACAUCAUGUUUGGAGCUUGCCAGUAAUUGACCAUGUAAAAUAGAUGAUGCUUCCGGUUAGAUCAUUAUGGAGGAAAACAGCAGAAAGAGUAGUGGAUUGCCUGAGUAAUUUGUUUUGACACAGAUGAGGUUGAUGGGGUAUUUAUUGAUUGCAGGUAGCUUGAAAGAUCUUGCUGUGUGAACAUGGCCUUGAUCAUCGAGCUAAUGGCAGUUAACAUGGAUAAACUCUUGUAUGUCCUGUAUUUCCUCUAUGUUUUGUCAUAAACCGUAAACACUUUUUUUCUAAGCCAAAUUUACAGUACCUGAGUUAGAAAAAAAUACUUAAAGGGAUACUGUAGUGCCAGAAAAUUAAAGCUGUAUUCCUGGCACUACUGAUCCCUCUGCCUCCCCCUCCCUCGCCCCUACCCCUCUCCCCGAUAAAUAAAGGGUUAAAAAUCCUUUAUUUAAUUACCUUUUCCCAGCGCCGAUGUCACUCAGUGCUGGGUCAUAGCUCCGCCCCCUCCUCCAGCCCGCAACAAGUGGGGUCUAGCGCGCACAUUAGACCUCCCCAUAGGAAAGCCAAAAGUCCGUUUGGAUUCCGGAAGCCCUCUAGUGGCUGUCUGUUAGAUAGCCACUGAGGGCAGACUUAGAGCUGCAAUGUAAAUAUUUCAGUUCUCUGGAACUGCAAUGUUUAACAAUGCAGCACUAAGUGCAAAAGGGACACAGCACCCAGACCACCUCAAUGAGCUGAAGUGGUCUGGGUGCCUACAGUUUCACUUUAAAGGGACACUUUAGGCACUGUAACCGCUUCAUCUUAUUGAAGUGGUUAUAGUGUCUGGAAUCCCCUGCCACCGCCCUUGCACUCAGCAAUAAACUGUUUUUAAUGUUUUAAUGCUACAUGAGUUCCCAGCAGCCUGUCACAACACCCAUGGAUGAUAUGAAUUGGUAUGACUAGAAUGAAGUGUAUAAUCACCCUUAUUUAGUGUUAAAUUGCUCAAAAUUGUUUAACUCUAAAUAGAUAGAUGGUGCCAGAGGACUCCAGGCACUAUAACUCAUAAUUCAAUGAGAUGUGUCUUUAAAGUAGAAAAAUAUUACUAUGAAUAGCUGAAGGUUUCUUUACCACUUUACACUCCUCCCAUAUCAUUUUACUCAAGGAAAUGUCAUACAGGGAUAUUUACAGAAGUGUGAAUUAAUGGGAAUUCAAAACAAAUUUUACAUUUUUAGGCCACCAUAGCUGAUUUGGAAAUAUUCACCCUCUAAUAUAUCAUUUCAGUUUGACUAUUUUAAAUUCCAUACAAUUCACCUUUUAGUGUAAUAACCCUGCUUCUUGUAACUUUUACCAUGUAUUAAAAAGCUGUCUCUAUUCUGCUAUGUCACUAUGAAAACAUAAUAAGAAAUCUUGGUCUUGUGAAAAAUAUCAGUAUGCAUGGAUCACAAGAUACUGUUGUAGAAAUAAAUGUAAACUUAUAUUUUUCUUUUUUGGACUAAGGCAUUUCUAGAUUUUACAGAAAAUGAAGCCUACAAAUUUUUUUUAUUUCAUAACUUCUAUUUUAUAUUUUUCUUACAGAAUGUGAUGGAGAUGCUGGAAGAAGAUUUGACGUGUCCAGUCUGCUGCAGUCUUUUUGAAGACCCACGUGUUUUGCCCUGUUCACACAGUUUCUGUAAGAAAUGUUUGGAAGGGAUUAUUGAAGGAAAUUCCAGGAAUAUGUUAUGGAGGCCGUCCUCUUUGAAGUGUCCUACCUGCCGUAAGGAGACUUCUACAACGGGCGUUAAUGGCUAUCAGGCCAACUAUUUGCUGAAAGGGAUUGUAGAGAAAUACAAUAAAAUUAAGGUUUCACCAAAGAUGCCCGUGUGCAAAGUGCACAGCGUACAACCUUUAAAUAUGUUUUGCUCAACGGAUCUAAAACUCAUCUGUGGGUUCUGUGCCACCAGUGAGGAACACAAAGGUCAUACGUUUUCCUCAAUCGACAAUGCUUACAACCAGGAGAAGAGUUCCGUCCAGUCUCUGCUAAUGCAAUCCGAGAACUGGCAUUGUGAUGAUGUGCUGUCCCACCUUAAAACCUUGGAAACAAAUAAAAGGAAGGCUCUCCAUUUACUUUCUAUGGAUUCGGAUAAAGUAAAGGCCUACUUUGAAAAACUGCAACACGUCCUGGAGCAGAAGAAAAAUGAGAUCCUCUCUGAUUUUGAAACCAUGAAGCUGGGUGUGAUGCAGGCAUACGAUCCAGAAAUCAACAAACUGAAUGCUCUUCUUAAGGACCAGAAAAAGGCUUGCGAUAUUGCUGAGGAUUUUAAGGAGAUAUCUGACCCUCUUCUGUUCCUACAGCAAGUGCAGGAAUUUAGGGAGAAGAUAAAUAUAAUCAAGAAAGCUCCAUUACCAUCAGUCUCCGAUGUGACAGUAAGCCCAUCUAUGAAGAAUUUUGAUACUAGCAUGUGGGAUACCGUUAAACUUGCAGAUGUGGAUAAACUUAGUUUGCCACCAGAAUCUCCCAAGAAAAAAUAUAAUAUUCGGACAAAAUUUCCCUUUCAGGUGCUGCUGUCUAUUAGAGUUCUACUUCUUUGCCUGGUGGUGGCAAUACUUUUUUCAGGCUUCUUCUAUGACUAUCAUCUGAAUGUUCAUGAAUAUAUAGAUUCAGGAUGUUCGUAUCUAUCGACCAUUACAAGAAAGGCAACUGACCAUAUUUCUGCUUUAUGGAAUCUGACUUCAAAAGAAGUAUUUGACAUGAGUGAAAGAUGUCAGACAUAUUUCAUGGCAUUUAUAGGACAUGUGGCCGAAUUUGCUUGUAAAUAUAAACUAUAA